CUCAUUCACUCACUGUCCGUGUCGAGGACAACAACUCACUACCUCUGCCCGUGAUUCUGAAUCCCUGAACUACAAAUAAUCAUUUCAGCACCAUGACCAGAGAUCAUUUCAUUCUAUGUGUAUUCAGAUGACACGAAUUGAACUUUUCGCUGCUAUACUGAUGAGGCGAAACUGUAGAUAGAUAUAACAGGUGAACUAUUAUAUAAUAUAUCAAAUGUGUAUGAUAUGACCACAUUAUGACGACUUAUGAUGAGGAAUAAGAAAAAUAGCUGUUGGACAGCUAUACAGAGGGAUCAUGUUUAAUCUGUUUAUUGAGUGUCUAAUAUGUAGAAUAACUCCUGUAAACUUUAAAUUUAAUUUAUAAUCUUAGUUCUACUUGCAUUGACUCUAAGAAGCCAAAAUGACUUCAUCAUAUAAUGAUGAGACCAGGAGUGAUAUAUCAGAAUCCCUGGAAGUCUGUGACUUCGAGGGACAAUAUGGAGAUCCAGGUGGUUACUACAAAUCCAAAAGCCUGCCCGUUCUUAACGGAGACUGUUCUUCCGUUAAUGAGUCGUUGGAACCGAGGCUGGUCAGUACGACGCAGACUUUAGUAAAUACCGACCAGCGCUUGCCUUUCAAUGAGCUGCAACAGAAAGGAGACUCAAGUGAACUGGAUUCACCCACCAGGACAGAUUUCUCCCCUUCCAUGUCCAGUAUGGUGGGUCUUAGCAGCUCUAUGAGAACUGAAUCCAACCGAGCAGGUGGCAAAAAAAUAGGCUUUUCAUUGGCAAGAUUCAUCCGCUUUCCUGUGAGGAAGUACAUGAGGGUGAUUCUGUCAGACUCUAGGUGUUUUCUGUUCUGUAUGUGUUACCUGACGUUCAUCCAGUCUUUGAUGGUCUCAGGCUACCUUAGCAGUGUCAUCACCACUAUAGAGAAGAGAUACAGCCUUAGAAGUUCAGAAUCAGGACUGUUGGUUAGCUGCUUUGACAUUGGAAGUCUUCUGGUGGUGGUCUUCAUCAGUUAUUUCGGGGGUAGAGGCCAGAGGCCACGCUGGUUGGCAGUAGGAGGGGUGUUCAUCGCUGUGGGAGCAGCUCUGUUCUCCCUUCCGCAUUUCAUCUCUCCACCCUAUCAAAUCCAAGAGGUCAAUUCAUCCACGGGGAACAAAGGCCUGUGCUCGAAUGGGAAUGGGAGCAGAAGGGACGCUCUGGAUGUGUCGUCCUGUCCAAGGGACCAAGAGGGCAACGAUCACUCCAUCUAUGUUGCCCUGUUCAUCUGUGCCCAGGUCCUGGUGGGCAUGGGAUCCACUCCUAUCUACACACUGGGACCAACGUACCUGGAUGAUAACGUGAAGAAGGAGAACGCUUCUCUCUACCUUGCUAUUAUGUAUGUGAUGGGGGCUCUGGGGCCAGCUGCGGGGUACCUGCUUGGAGGCGUUCUGAUCGGCUUCUACGUGGAUCCCAAAACCAUCAUCAACAUUGAGCAAAGUGAUCCACGCUUUGUUGGCAACUGGUGGAGUGGUUUCCUGCUCUGUGCUUUCGCCAUGCUGUUGGUCAUUUUCCCCAUGUUCACUUUCCCCAAAAAACUGCCCCCUCGUCACAAAAAGAAGAAGAAAAAGCAUGGUUCAGACAGCACCUCUAAUGACGACGAUGUCCUGAAAGAGAAAUCCAACAGCAAAGGCCAGACUGUGGCGUCCUCCAUGGGCUUUGGGAAGGACAUCAAAGACCUCCCCAAGGCUGCCAUAAAGAUCCUCAGCAACAUGACUUUCCUGUUCGUGAGCCUGUCCUACACAGCCGAGAGCGCCAUUGUCACUGCCUUCAUCACCUUCAUUCCCAAGUUCAUCGAGUCUCAGUUUGGAAUCCCUGCCUCCAACGCCAGCAUAUACACUGGCGUCAUUAUCGUGCCCAGUGCAGGGGUGGGCAUUGUACUGGGUGGCUACAUCAUUAAGAAACUCAAGCUCGGAGCUCGUGAGUCCGCCAAGCUUGCCAUGAUCUGCAGCGGGGUGUCUCUUCUGUGCUUCUCCACGCUCUUCAUCGUGGGCUGUGAGAGUAUAAACCUGGGCGGGAUCAAUAUCCCUUAUACCACAGGGCCGACCCUCACUCUGACCCACAGAAACCUGACGGGAGGCUGUAAUGUGAACUGUGGCUGUCGGAUCAAUGAGUACGCUCCUGUUUGUGGCUCAGAUGGCAUCACAUAUUUCAACCCCUGCCUGGCGGGAUGCAGCACUGUCGGCAACGACAGCACCGGGAUCAGAAACUACACAGACUGUGCGUGCGUGCAGAGCAGACAGGUCAUCACUCCACCCACCAGCGGCCAAGGCAACCAGCUGCAACUGGUCAUAGUGAAGACCUACCUGAACGAGAACGGAUUCGCUGUGUCAGGGAAGUGUGAUCGCACCUGCAACACGCUCAUCCCCUUCCUCAUCUUCCUCUUCAUCGUUACUCUCAUCACAGCUUGCGCACAGCCCUCUGCCAUUAUCGUCACUCUCAGGUCAGUAGAAGAGCAAGAACGACCGUUUGCUUUAGGAAUGCAGUUUGUGCUACUAAGAACUCUGGCCUACAUUCCCACACCAAUCUACUUUGGCGCGGUGAUUGACACCACCUGCAUGCUCUGGCAGCAGGACUGUGGCGUUCACGGCUCGUGCUGGGAGUACGAUGUCACUUCCUUCCGCUUCGUGUACUUCGGCCUGGCCGCCAGCCUCAAGUUUGUGGGCUUUGUGUUCAUUUUCCUCACCUGGUAUUCGAUUAAAUACAAAGAGGAUCGUCUGGAGCGCUGGCAGCGGCAUCUGCCUCCUCUGGGCACUGUCAGCGAGCUUAUCUGCCACGCGGGAGGCCACAAGAGCCACGCUCGUACCCGCUCCUGCCCCGUUUUCACACCCCGUCCCGAGCCCCCCGACCAGCCCCCGCUCAACCGCGGACACUGCAGCCAGAGCUGCCCCGGAAACACCCUCAAAGCAAUAACCCCACCUGCCCGCUCGCUGCAAGAAAUGCACAUUUGAGGAACGUGAGCCCUGACAUCUGCCUCCACGUGCCUUCCUGUCAGGUGUCCUCCUCCAUGACAAGACAGCGUGCGACUUUCAGGGGCUUUCAGGGGCUUGCUGCGCUCACCGAUCUCAGUGUCACCAGUACAAACUUUGAGUAGUAUUUGCUGUCGAAGCGUUUGGAAGACAACUCAUGGUGCUAAAUGAGGAACAGAGAGGACAUUUCUCUGUAUCCAAUCUUGGAUUCCAAGAUUAUUAUAUCAAAGACGUAACACAAGCACAAGUGGAUAUCAGUACUAUGCAACGCAUACCGCAUUAAAGCCUCCAGGCUGCCGCUUUCUACUGUGUGAUCAUAAUUCAACAUCUCACAGAGAACAUCUCACAUGGUCUUUCUGAACAAAUCGGUGAAGAAAGUCACUUCAAAAUGGUGUUAAGAACUCCCUUCUGGUUAGUUUGGAGGCAUCAAUGGGAUUCGGAUGGUAUUCAAGGAGCUGUAUGAGAACAUUCAGCCUCCUCCAGACAGAUCACAUGGUCCUGUAUGUAAAUUCAGUGCCUCAGAGUGCCCGUCAGCAGUGAGAUCUGCUGGCACUGAGCACUGAGUGGACUGCUAAAAUGCGUUUGGAGAAGGACUUUGAAGCCUUGUCUUCUCGUUCUUCAUCUUCAGAAUCAUUCUGUCUGUUCAGUGAUUGACUGUCAAAUGGUGAUAUGUGUUUAGAUGCAUACUGUUGGAUCAGAUGUUUGUUCAGUGGUUCAGUAUCAGGCCUUGAAGAAGUCAGAUCAAUUUGAUGGAUUUUUUUUGGCGAAUCCAUAUUCAAACCAGUUUUUUUUUUGUAAGUGUGAACAGCAGAAAACACAUGAAACCUGAUGUUUACAAACCCGAUCCAAAUCAUAUCCAUAUCUGGUUUGAAAUCAGAUUUUUUUUUUUCUCUCAGUCUAAAUGACAAACCAGACAUGUCAAUAUUACUCUCUCUUUCCUUAUAUACACUCUAAAAAAUAGUUCUUUAUUGGCAUCUAUGAUUCCAUGAAGAACCUUUAACAUCCAUGGAUGCUUUCCCUUGUUCUUUCAAAGUGGAAAAAAUGUCCUUCAGAAGGUUCUUUUGGGAGCCCAAAAUGGAUCUUCUAUGGCAUCACUUCGAAAACCAAAAAAGUCAGUGCUUUCUGACACGGUAUGGGUUCCUAAAUGUCUCAUUUGGUCUAAAGCUUAAGUGAUGUCAUGAUAGAUAUGAACCAAGACUAAACUUUUAAUUUUUUGUCCUCUUGUUCACUCCAAGAAUGAUAACUAUGAAGUUAACUAUAACAAUAUUAGUGUCCAUACCAAUGGACAAAAACAUUCUGUUUGUUAUAUGAGGUGGAUUUUGAUUUAAAAAAAAAAAAUCAUUCUGAAAUUGAUUCCAGCGAUGUUUCUUUUUGUCAUUACCAUUGUGGUGUGACUUCCCUGUUUUCACAGAAUAAAAACAUUUAUUAAAACUUUAUAGUUACCAUGCUUUGUGUGAACAGCCCUUUACACUCAGUUGUUCUAUGAGAAAGUCUCUUGGCAUCAUGUUGAUACACAUCAGAUUUCAUCACCGGUUCGAUCACAAAAAUGUAAUUCCUAAAAGACUGGUUAAAAACCAAAUCGGAUUUGUGUGUAGUGUGAACACAGCGAUUCAAAUCCAGAUUCAGGAUUCAGUCGACCGCUCAUGCUGCUGCUGUUGCAUCCAAAUACCUGAGCAUGUCCGAGCAGCUUUAGCGAUGGCGUUGGUAAAGCCAUAGCAUAAUGAGAAUGGAUUCUCCGCUUUGGUUUUUGGAGCUGUUGAUGUAUAUGAGCAUGUGCUUCGGCUACAGCCUGAUCCUCAAGCACUGGCUCUAUUCUUAUGCACCAUGUAUAAUUAAACUUCUGCCUAAUAAUAUGCAAACCUCAGAUUUUCAGUACUCUGUCAUGGGUUUAUGAAGCUAGUUUGGCAGUUCAUUAGAUGUAGUCCAGUUACUUUUGAUCAGUACACAGUACAAAUUCAUGAGGUUUUUUAGCCAUGUGGUUUACAUAGGCAUAUUUGGUGCAGUUAUGAUUAAUGAGGGACUAACUUGGUAGUUAGAUACUUAGCAUGCUAACAACAAAACCCAGCUUAAUCAAUGAAAAAAUGGAGACCAUGCUGUAUUAACUCCAUAUCUCUACUUUCAAAUGAUUUUGUAAGCUGUACUGUAUUAUGACUGCAAUUUCCGAACCACAAUAUGAGUACAUACUUUUUCCAGACCUCUUAUUGUCAGUGUUUUUCAUAGAAGAUGAUGUUGAAGAGGUAUUUCAGAUGCUAACUUCAGUAUUAGAAUGACUUUUAAAAAUUGAGGUGUAAGAAGUAAAAUAAAGCCCUUAUUGAAAUGACUUUUUUCCAUGUUUGUGAACUAUAAGCUGUACCGUGGUGAAAGUCUGACAUUUUUACAAUAAUCAGGAGCUCCCCAUUAGUGUGACCUACAAUGUGAGCUGCUCAAAAUCAGUCUGAUGGAAUCGGUUAUGUAGUGGCUGCAAGACAGCCUCAAAUUAAUGAAGGAUCUGGAAAUAGAGAAAAGGUAAAAAAACGAAUUUCAACAUGAGCACAUAAAGGAAACAGACAAAUGCAAAAAUUACAAAAGCCCUGAAGAUAAAUAUUAUUUACGUAAUAAAAAAAGUAUAUAUAUAUAUAUAUACUUUUUUUGUUGCCAAUUUCAAAUUUUCCCAUACUUGAGGUGCCUUGGCAGAGCAACACAGCAUGCAGUGUUAAAUAAGACCACUCACACAGGUAUCAGUUAACUCUUUUUAUUAUUAUUAAUUUGAUUUUAUUUCGUGCCCAUAUUUGACUCAUUUGCACCUAAAACUCUUAAGUUAUUCCUUUAAAAGAUCAGCUCACAUUUGAUGUCAAAUGAAUGUGUUGGAGUCUACUUUUGCUAUCAGCAGGGCUGAUUUCAGAUCAGUGUAAAGGCUAGCUGUGUUUGUCUAUCUUCAGUACUCAUGGACACAUGUGAACUAUUCAUUUACUUUAAUUCUGUCUUGGUUCAAUACAUGUAUUUAUUGAAAUAAAAGAAUUUAGAAAGAAGUGGCAAUGAAGACGAUGUAUCAUGUGUGAAGUUGUUUUGAGUUCAUGUCAUUAAAAACAACCAAAUGGUUUAA